GUUUCAUCACUAUGGCUACAAUCGAGAUAGACAGUUAAAUGCUGAUGAUACAGUGACAUUCACUGCAGGGGAAAUAAGUGGCAGAGAAGGAGUCGGAGAGAGGAAUGUAAAACUUACAGUCCCUAUAAGGCCUAUAUAUGAUGACAGUGACAGCGUCCAUGCCCCUAGCUGCAUCAAUGCAAACACAACAGGUGGUGAAGAGUUUGAUGGUGUAAUCGGUGUUACCAUAACUGGUAUUCUUAUCUACAAACCAUUCGAUAAUAAUGGAUGUGCGUAUGACACUGGUUGUCAGAUGGAGGGAAAGUUUGUUGCCCCCUGUUUCAAUAUCUAUACUAACAAUACUAACAUCAUUGGUUUAGCCUUAGAUGGACAUGUAAUAUAUGAUGAUGGUGGAAAAGCUGAUGAAUGCAAUGGAGGUAUUAGAGGUAACGAGUAUGGCUAUACGGUAACAAAGAACUUUCCAUUCAUGAUCGGUUGCUUUGUGGGUUCUACAUACAAGUCUGCGAUUGAAAUAUAUGAUCCUCCACCACUACCACAAUUACCGAUUGAAAAUCAUAUGUUUUUGCCACCUAUGUCAAAUCAUAUGGUCUUACCCAUAGAAGAAAACCAAACAAUCGAAACAACAACUGCAGAACUACUGGAAAAUGCGACGCAAGAUGAUGAACAUAACCAUGGCAAUGUAAAAAGGAGCGUGCAAGGGGUCGAAAUUAUUAAUGGCACUGACAAUGAAAAUGGAACCAGGCUGAUUUCUUCUAUGGAAAGUGGCCUAGUUGUCAGGAAGGAACCAAUACAGGUAAGGAUGAGGAUAGAUAGGCUUCAAUGUCCGAGUAAAGCACAAAUUAACUCAGAAUGUAACAGAACUGUUGACAAUAGAGCAGGCAAUGACCUUUCCGAGAUACCAAAUAAUGCAGGUGCAAAAGAAGUGGCCAUGAACUGGGGCAUCAGAGUCAGUAUCAUAUACUUUGCCAUGGUCAAGUUUUACUAACUGAUAUAUGGUUAUAUAAGCUUUACAAUGAGUUUAUGGUCUCAUUUCUUUGGAUAUGAACUUAAAAAAUGAACUAGUAGUUUGGAGAUUAUCUAUUUGAAUUAUGGUACUUUAGAGGUUUUUAUAAAAUGAACUCUAUGGAAUGAGAAUGAACGUGCAUAAUGGCAUACAUUGUGCCUUGGCAACUACUGAUACAAAUAUUAUUUUAAAUAUCAUUUUUAACAACUUUUUGGCUGAUGACUGGU